UCCUGAUCGCCCCCCCCUCGACACUCCUGCCAUGGCCAAGAAAGACGCUUCCAAGCCCGCUGCCGCCGCCGCCGCCGCCGCCGCACCUGCCGAGUCGAACCCUGCUGCUGCUGCCCCCAAGGCUGCCAAGAAAGUCUCCGGUCCCAUCAAGUCAUACCUCAUCGCCUACAAUGCCAUCAGCUUCGUUGCCUGGGCCGUCGUUCUUGGCAGAGUCCUUCUCUCGGUGGUGCUGAACCUGCACUACAAAAAUGCCUGCGCGGACACCUUCCCCCUGCUUUCGAUCGUGCAGACUGCGGCUCUCCUUGAGGUCGUCCAUGUCGCUCUGGGCUUCGUUCGCUCUGGCCUUUCCAGCACUGCCAUGCAAGUCGCCUCUCGUCUCCUCAUCGUCUGGUUCGCCUUGUACAAGUACGACGUUCCUCUGGUCUACGAAAACAUCGGCUUCACCGUCAUGGUCAUCGCCUGGUCUCUGUCCGAGCUGGCUCGCUACUCCUUCUAUGUUCUCAGCCUCUUGGAGAUCCCCAACCCAACCGUGACCUAUGUUCGCUACUCUGCCUUCCUGGUGCUCUACCCCAUUGGCGCCGUUGCCGAGCUCUGGAUCACUGUCAUCUGCAGCACCAUCAUCCGCAAGUCCCCCGAGAUCUGGCCCAAGAUCCUCAACACCCUGAUCAUUGGUCUGUGGCCCGCCGGUCUCUACAUCAUGUACAACCACAUGAGAGCCCAGCGCAAGAAGGUUUUGGGCAUCAAGGACGACGACGAGCCCCAGUCUGCUGCCUCCCAGAGCCUUGCCAGCAAGUACGGAAAGACUCAGUCCAAGAAGGAUUUGUAGUCGCCGCGGCCGUGCUCUCUCAUCUCUAUCGUCUUCUCCAGCUGUUUCCGUUCUGUAUUGCGUGUUUAUGAUUCAUCCUAAUGGCUCCUUGAGGUUUAUCUCUGCCACUUGAAUGAUGGACGGACCUGUUGCCGUUGUAGCUGCAUCUAUCUGCUAUCUCCCCUUUCUGCGAUUUCCUUUCCUGUUC